AUGGCAGCCGCGUUGCCCGAGCACUCGGCCGUGCUCUCAAGCUCGACUCAGGCGUCUGACAUUGUCGCCGCACCCGAGUCGCGCGGAUACUUCAACUCGGUACUCGCCACUCCACCUCCUCUCAACGCGUUUGACGCCUUCAAGAAGGUGGGUGCGGGAAGGACGCCGCUACAGCCACUUGUCCCGAGCGAUUGACUGAUGUCGUCUGUGUUUGUGGUCUGGUUUCGGGCUCGCUCCUCGCGGGAUUGGGGGGAAACACGCUCGGCAUGGACGUAGACGAACGCGACGUACAAAGAGCAGACCGCUCGUGGCGGCGUGCUGACCGUCCUGCUUGCCCUCUUCAUCGCCGCACUCGUGUGGACUGAGCUACGCGAGUACAUCUACGGCGAACCCGGUUACCAGUUUUCUGUUGCCCGAGGAAUAGGUCACGAGUUGCAGGUCAACUUCGACGCGACCGUCGCUACCCCUUGCCAUUGUACGUUGUUCAACUCGCUGGCGGCGCGUGCCGUUCGCACACUUAGUCAGCGACGCCGAUGGAUGAUGCUUUUCUGAUGCUGGCAAUCGUGUCGAAUCGUUGGUGCUCAGAUUUGACCGUGGACAUUCGGGAUGCGGUUGGUGACCGGCUCCAUGUCAGCGACGAGUUCAAGAAGGAUGGGGUGGGUCGGCAUACACUACAACCCCAGGCAACCGGAGUUCGGUAGCCAAACAAGAUCAGCUCAAUGCGACGCAAUUUUUCUUCUAUCAGACGACCUUCGAGAUCGGGCAAGCGCAGCGACUUCAAAACUUGCAUGAGGAAGUCGGGAUGACGGCCUCUCGGAUGGUCAGCAGCUCGCGAGGGCGUAGGGGUAGGUGAUGCAGGCCAACAUGAGUCGCGUUGACAUAGGGCAUUCGCGUGUGCCACUGACUGACGGCACUCUGCGCAUAGUUUUUGCGAAGACACAGCACAUUGUCGAGGACGGACCGGCCUGUCGUGUCAGUAGCUUGGCGCGACUCCGAACAUAUUGACGCGGCUCUGACCCGUAAGGUUGCUUUCUCCGUUCCAGAUAUGGGGCCACGUGACCGUGAAAAAGGUGACGGGGAACCUGCACAUUGUGAGGCAACAUGAGACUGUGGUUGACUUGGCGUCUCAGAUGAUUGAUCAAGCUGGUGUGUUGUGAGCCCCAUAGACUACCUUGGGCCAUGGCUACCUGAGCUGGGAGCAUACCGAUCACGCAUGUACGUUCGAUGUGGUUUGUAAGCGACAGAGAUAAAGCCUCCACAGGCGCUCAAACUUGGUCGGCUCUUCGCAGUGAUGAAUUUGAGCCAUGUGAUCCAUGAGUUCAGCUUCGGGCCGUUCUUCCCACAAAUCGCUCAACCACUCGACAAUUCCGUGUAAGUCCUUCACGAUUCGAUUGUACUCUCGGGCCCAUUCUAACGCAUUCAGCACUUUUCGCUCUUUCCUAUGAAUUGGCAGGGAAACCACCAAUGCUCGUGAGCUCUUUCGCGGCAGCAAUUUUUUGAUUUUUGAUUUUUGCCUUAACGUAUGCUGAUCUCAAAGAGCUACAGCGUUCCACAUCUUCCAGUAUUUUUUAAGUGUGGUGUCGACGACCUACAUUGACGCAGGCCGGCGCAUACUCGAUACAAACCAGUAUUCGGUCACCGACAUGAGCCGGGAGACUGAGCACGGCCGUGGUGUGCCCGGUACGCGAAGUCCGGUUCUGGUCAUUGCGUUUCUCCCUGUCAUCGCAUUUUUAACGUCGCUGCGUGCUUCUCGGGCAGGCAUUUUCUUCAAGUACGAUAUCGAGCCAAUGUCGCUCACUAUUCGAGAGCGUACAACAACGCUUUUACAAUUCCUUGUUCGCUUGGCCGGCAUUGUGGGUGGCAUACUCGGUAAAUCUGGACUGACUUGUUGUGUGCUUCAUUUAACUCCAGCUGACCAUUUCGCGCGAUCAUGCAGUUUGUUCGGAUUACGGGUUCCGAACCCUCGAUUCGCUUUUUGGGAGGAUGCUGGAUGACAAGUCAAAACCGACACUGCUCGUCACUUCACCGGCUGUGGGGACCAAGUCACCAUCAACACUGCGGGAGAGGGCUUUCAGCAAUGCGGGAAGGUCAUAG